CUUGCGACUGGCCCCACUGCUGCUUGGGAUCCUGGCUGCAGAGCUCUGGCGCUGGCUCUGGAAGCGUUGGGCGCGAAGGUCGGGAGAGUGCAAGCACCUGGUGGGGAAGCCAGGCAGCAGAGCACUCCAGAGACCAGGUGUAGAUGAUGACUGCCGCUUUCAGCACAUUGAGGACGACCCGCGCUAUUUGCCGGGCGCUGCAGUUGGCAAGGCACAGCGUGCCGCCAAGGGCAUUCGAGUGCCUGUCGGAACCAACACGGCAUCAUACGAUCCAGCAUCGACGCUUGUGGAGCCUGGGCUACGUUGCAUCUGCGGCGUGGCGGGCGAGGAGUUUCAGGGCGCGGUCUGCCCAGAAGAUCUCGUUGUGACGCCGGAUUUCUUCGGCAAGGCAACGGACACGCAGAUGUAUGAGAAGCUUCUGGCUGAGAUGCAGGACAUGCCGGAAGUGCUGAGUGGCAAGGACCAAUUCCCGGUGUUCCAGCAAGUGCUGGCCCGCGUACAGGAGUAUUUCUCCCUGGACUUGGAGAAGUGCGCCAGCUGCGUCACGUGGCACAAGCUGCCCGGAGAGCCCGCCUUGAUUGUCAAGGACGCCCUCUUCGACACCAUGCAGGGCUCCGGGAAGUUCGAAAGUGUUGUGCACGCGGUCUUCGGCGGCUCCUGUGAGCUGCGACUGCAACGGCCAGGGCAGAAGGAGUACUUGGCCAUUCCGUGCGUGAAUGGU